GGAAGCAUGGAAGCAACUACGUCCCAUUCUGAAUAAUAAUCAAAAUUGCUGUCAUCUAUCCCAUCCCUUGAGCCUUGAGCCUUCAUCAAUCAAUAUAUAUACAUAAACAGUUCAACAGAAUCAAUCAUCCACCACCAUUAACAUACUCACAUAUAAAGUGAUGAUGGCUGCAAGUGCAGGUGCAAAUGCAGAGAGAGGAAAAGGGGCUGUGGAUUUCGAGGACUUACUGCCGGUGAUAGCGAAGAAGCUGGGCGGGGAGGGUCUCAUGAGGGAGCUGGAGAAAGGAUUUGAGCUUCUGAUGGACAAGGAGAAAAGGGUGAUCACGUUGGAGAGCCUGAGGAGGAACAGUGCCCUGUUGGGUCUGCAUGAUCUGAAGGAGGACGAGAUUGUGAGCAUGGUCAGAGAAGGUGAUAUUGAUGGCGAUGGCGCGCUUAACAUCAUGGAGUUUUGCGUCCUCAUGUUCAGAUUGAGUCCACAGUUGAUGGAGGACUCUUGUUUCUUACUUCAACAGGCUCUGCAACAUGAAUUACAGGCAUCAACAGCAUUCUAUUGAUUAGAGGGAAUAGGGAACCAAUCUUAAGUUUUCAUCCUUUCUUCUUCAUUACAUUUCACCGGAGAAAAAACACAUGUACUAAACACACUAUAAUUAUUGAAGCUUAUGCGUGCUUUCAAUAAAUUCUUCUUCUUUUUUUUAUUUUGGACGAAAUGGGAUGGGGUAAUGUAUAUAUAGUUACUACUGGGCACUUCAUCAUUGCAUUUGUUACGUUAUUUGGCUUCUUUUUCUUUUACUCCCCUUUUUUAAAUCUAUGAAUAAAUAGUGCUGCACAUAAAUCAGAAGCUUAUUCAUUUUC